CUCUCCUCUCCCUCUCUUUAAAAACCCCUCCUACCCCCCGGUGUUGCAUUCAUUAUUCCAUAAAAAUCGAAUCACUUCAAACUCUUCUUCAGAACAACACCUCACACACUUAGCUUACUUGAGUUUCUUCAGAAUGAGCAACAUGCUUCUUGUGUUUACUUUUCUUGUAGCUAUUACUACACAGAUGUUGGUACUUCAAGAAGCCAUGGCACAACAAACUUCUGAGGCUCCAUUGAAACCACCUUUGAAGGAUGAAAGAAAGGCAGAGGCAGCAGAGGCUCCUACUGAUAAUAUCAGACGGCUGGGAAAGCAUCAUUCCACAACGGACAAGUCAGUGGCGGGUGGUGGUGUCAUUCUUGGCGGUCUUGUUACUGCCACUUUUGCUGCUGUCUUUUGCUACAUUCGUGUUACAAGGAGAAGGGACACUGCUCCUGCUUCUUCUUACUGACCUCUGUCUUCUAUCUCUUGUUCAAUCAUUUUCCAUUUUGUUUUUAAAGGGUUAGUGUAGGCAUUCAUUAUAAUUGUAGCUUUGUAACAAUAGAUUAUGUGUUAUGUUGUUUUAUAAGCUGUUUUUGUUGUGAAUACCAUAUAAUUUGAUUAAGAUUUCUGUACUAUAAUUUUCUUUGUUGACUUGUUCUGUGUCCCGUUUCCUUAUUAGU